AUGAACAUGAGAUCCGCUAUCUUUCUCUCCCUCGUGGCUGUUACUAUGGCUGAUACUACAGCCCAUGUGAGUUCUCAUGUGAGCUACGGAGCCUCGUAUCACCCACGGCCAUCGUAUCAUUCGCAGCCUUCUUACGAAACCCAUACCGCCGUUCCCGCCUGCGCUAAGAACACCACAAAAACCUGGUGUUUGGAAGACGCUGAAUAUCCAACCUAUGAAGUCAGACACGCAGUGGACUAUCAUUUCUCUAAGGUAAUCGAUCUCUACGCCGACGUAGCUGAACUGAACACUGAAUUAUCCGUCGAAAGACCAAAUACCUUAGAAGAAGAAACUUACUUGUGCCCCUCAGAAACAGUUUAUGUAAAGCCUCUUCGUGCCCAAAAUACCGAGGGAAAAUGGCGCGUUAUUGUUAACAACAUUGAGGCGCAUUAUCAGACCUUUACUCAAACUACCCGAAUCGAAGAGUGCCUAACUUCUGGCGACGCAUGCCCUCUGGUGCCUGAUUGCUACGAGUCCAAGUGCCUGCAGAAGUCCAUCUACCACCGCUUCCUCGUCUACGACCCCUAUGAUCAGUACUUCCCCUUCGCCAUCGAGACAUUCAAACUUCCCGCCAGCUGCGCUUGUCUCCUGGGCGCCUACACCAUCGACCAUUAA